UCAAAGGGAUCUUCUUCUUCCCGAACACAAAACUUCGAAAGAAAAAAAACCCUGCAACUUUGAUUGGCCAGAACGAUGUCGUACGACGACGUGGAAAUAGAGGACAUGCAGUGGAACGAGGAAUUGCAGGCGCACACUUAUCCAUGCCCAUGCGGCGAUCUAUUCCAGAUCACGAAAGAAGACCUAAAGCUCGGCGAGGAAAUCGCCCGUUGCCCAAGUUGUUCUCUCUACAUCACGGUCAUCUACAACGCCGAGGACUUCGCCGACAACAAAUCUAAGAACGGUCUCGAUCCUCAAAAAGGGCAAGCAGUCGCCGUUGCUUGAGGCUUUAAAGGUCAUUAUUAUUUCUCUGUUCUCUUUUAUUACGGAUUAGUUCCUUUACGUGAUUUGAAUUAGCAUUGAUUAAGAAAAUAAUUUUCAUGUAACUCUGUUGUCGUGAGGUUCUUGUAUCACUGGUUAUACUUGAUUGAAAAUUGUAAAUCAAUUUGAUAUGUUAAAUACAAUAUGAGAUGGAUGCAUUUUUUUCA